AUAUGUAAUAAUAAACAUAUAUCUGUGGCUGUUUUCUCUCUUUCUCGGUUGUUUCGGUAGUUUUUAAAAAUAAACAUUGAGGUAGGACCCGGCCUGGUUCAUCAAUCAAUUUGCUGAAAGUGAAAAAAAGCCGACAAGAGCUAGAAGAGGAUAAAAAUAUGAAUAUGUAAAAAAAGUGAAGAAGUUGUAUUUCAGCGAGUUGUUGUUAUUUAUACGUGAAUGAAAAUCGGUUGGUUAUUUCAAAAUUGGUGUUUUUCUUUUAAAUGUAAUUUUCAUUUCUACUGCGGUUUGUGCGUGUAUGCAAGAGAAAUUAUUUUUUAAUAAAUCAUAAAAUGGCUCCAAUUGCAAAGAAUUCGCAUGUAAAUGCGAAAAAAUCGCUCAUUAAUUUCAUAAAAUCAUGUUACAAAGAGUAUGUGAAUGUGAAUUAUGCAAAAUCGCUGUUAUUUGAUCCAUCAAAAUUGCCCAUUGUAUCGAUUGGCAUUUUAAUCGUCGAAUUUAUGCUAAACAUAUUCAUAGUGCAGCGUGUCAAUUAUACGGAAAUCGAUUGGAUUGCAUACAUGCAAGAAUGUGAGGGAUUUUUAAAUGGAACGACAAAUUAUUCACUUUUGAAAGGUGAUACGGGACCGCUAGUGUAUCCGGCUGGAUUUGUUUACAUCUACACAUUCUUAUACUACAUCACCGGCCAUGGCAAAAAUAUUCGUUUGGCUCAAUACUGUUUUAUUUGCAUUUAUUUAUUACAAAUGCAUUUGGUGCUAAAGAUUUAUUCGAAAAGUCGCAAAGUGCCGCCGUAUGUGUUGAUCUUCAGUGCAUUCACAUCGCAUCGCAUUCAUUCGAUUUAUGUACUUCGUCUGUUCAAUGAUCCAAUUGCAAUACUGCUACUGUACGCUGCAUUGAAUUUCUAUUUAAAUGGAAAUUGGACGAUGGGCAGUAUAUUUUUAAGUUUGGGUGUUUCGGUAAAAAUGAAUAUUCUAUUAUUUGCACCGGCCAUUUUACUGUUUUACAUUGUCAAUUUGGGCUAUGUGAAUACAAUCAAACAAUUGAGCAUAUGUGCUGUAAUUCAACUCGUUCUUGGUGCACCAUUUUUAUUGACACAUCCUAUCGAAUAUAUAAAAGGCAGUUUUGAUUUUGGUCGCAUUUUUCAACAUAAAUGGACCGUCAAUUAUCGUUUCCUCCCAAUCGAAACAUUCGAGCAUAAAUAUUUUCACAUCACAUUAUUGGCCGUACACAUAAUGUUACUGCUCGUUUUUCUAGUGCCUUCCUAUAAAUACUUCCAGAAUUAUUGCCGUUUGAGAACGUUACAAGCACAACUGCAACCACAAAUCGACGUUAAAAAUCGCGAAAAUGAUGUAAAUGGCACGGCGACCACAAAAAAAUCAACUAAAAAACGAAAAACAAAAGAUAAUGAAGACAACAAACAAAGCGAAGAAGAAAUUACAAUCAACCAGAAGAUAUUUUUAAAUUCAUUCGAACAAAUGCUGAGGAAAUCAAGUGGUGCACCAGUACCACCAACUGCCACAGACAACGAUGCCAAGAUGCAAAAAUAUGACAUCCAUUUCGAUCGUGCCGUUCAAUUGGCCAUUUUACCAAUAUUUUUGGCCAAUUUUAUCGGCAUUGUCUGUGCACGAAGCCUACAUUAUCAAUUUUAUGUAUGGUAUUUUCAUAGUUUACCGUAUCUAUCGUGGUUCACCGAUUUUAAUGUCAUGUUGAAAUUAUUACUGCUCGGUCUUAUUGAGUUCGCAUGGAAUACAUAUCCAAGCACCGUUCUAUCGAGCAGUUUAUUACAUCUUAGUCAUUUGAUUCUAUUGUAUGGCAUCGGAUCGAAAUUACUACGCAUCGAUCAGGAUUCAAAACGAGUUAAAAUUCAAUAGAAUUCAAUAUGUCUGUAUUGAGAUAGGUGAAGACGAUGCAAAAAUAGAUAAACAAAAUUCAAUACAAGAAAUAUAUUAGAUAUGAAAGACAAUUUUUUUGAUGAUAAAAUUUAAAGCGUAACUUGUUUUUACCAAAAUGUGUGAAAUAAUAAAUAGAAUUAAAGAAGAUUGAGUCGCACAGCACGACAAAAACUGAAAACAAUGAACUCGACAAGACUGUUUAUGUAUAUUGGAAUAACACGAAUUAAUUAAUUUGUUAAUAGAUUCCAACCAGUCACCGCAGAUACUAAUCUGCAUUUGUUUCUCUAAUAUAUUCUAAUCUUCUUUUUUCCUGUAAUUAAUUUUUGUUUUAACAAUUUAAAAAAGAAAACGAUUAAAGUGAAAAAAGUUUGUUAAAAAAAUAUA